GCGGCAAGAGCUCGACUUUCUCUCGUUCUCCUCACAAUCAGCACCGUAUUGCAGUUUCACAAGCUGCAUUAGGGUGUAUUCCUAUCCUCCACACACCGGUGUGGUUCUUUUUCGCACAGCCAGCUCGCGAUACCAUCGAACCGCAGCUCGAAACAGCGGCGUGCUCACUCAGCCUCGCAUCGCUUCGCCCAUUUCUGAAACUGCGGCUGUUACGACCCUCUUCACCGCACCGCCUCAACGACUUCAGAAACAAUCUUCUUCCUAUCUACACUCAAUUCGGUUCAACCAGUCUCAAUACGACAUUCUCUCUUCCACAAUGGCACCAGGCGUAUUCGACACCAAAGGCAGCAUGGCCACGGCCAUUGUCGAAGCUGUCAAGGACUUUCCUCGUCCCGAGAACUAUGGCGACUUCACCUACGGCACUGCUGGCUUCCGUACCAAAGGCGACGUGCUGGAUCAUGUCAUGCUGGGCGUAGCUCUCAUCGGAAUCCUCCGCUCGAAAAAACUCGCAGGCCAGACCAUUGGCGUCAUGAUUACUGCUUCACACAACAAGGCUGAGGACAAUGGCGUGAAAUUGGUUGAUCCAAUGGGAGAGAUGCUGGAGCAAGAGUGGGAGAAGUGGGCCACGUACAUUGUGAAUGGCAAGACACCGGAGGAGACGAUGCAUGCUUUCGCUCAGAUUGUCAAGCAGUUCAACAUUGAUAUGGAUAAGCCUGCACGAGUGAUAUAUGGACGAGACACAAGACCUUCGGGAGCACGAUUGGUGAAGGCAGUCGAGGCUGGUUUGAAAGCGACCAAUGCAGAGUACAAGGACUUUGGCAUCCUGACGACACCACAAUUGCACUACCUUGUUCGCGCUACGAACACCGCCAACGAUGCCAACCCAUACGGCGAGAUCUCGGAGCAAGGUUACUACAAAAAGCUCUCUACCGCUUUUGCGACUGUCAUGAAAUACGCCAAGGCAUCAAGUCCAGUCACAGUGGACUGCGCCAACGGCGUGGGAGCUCCAAAGCUGCAAGAGCUGCUCAAGCACCUGCCAUCAGAGAAAGAGACGGGAUUGAAUGUCACUGUCAAGAACGAUCAGAUCGAGAACGCUGAAGUGCUGAACAAGGAUUGUGGAGCCGACUUUGUCAAGACCGGGCAAAAGGUCCCAGCUGGAUUCACAGGCAAACCGUUUGACCGAUGGGCAUCAUUUGACGGCGACGCAGAUCGUAUCGUGUACUAUUUUGUCGAAGAGGGUAACAUUUUCCGACUACUCGACGGCGACCGCAUCGCGACGCUCGCGGCCUCUUUCCUUGGUGAGCUUGUCGAGAAGUCCGGCCUGUCAGAGAAGAUCAAGAUUGGCGUGGUACAGACUGCUUACGCAAACGGAGCUUCAUCAAAAUACAUUACCGAGCGUCUGAAGCUCAAGUCCGUCUUUACACCUACUGGCGUCAAGCACCUGCACCACGAAGCUGCACGAUACGAUAUUGGAGUCUACUUCGAGGCCAAUGGGCACGGCACAAUCCUGUUCAGCAACAACGCUCUGCGAACAAUCUACAAGCAGGAACCACAGUCUCCUGCCCAGCUUGAGAACCUUGAAAUCCUGCAAGGCCUGACUGAGCUGAUCAACCAAACCGUCGGCGACGCCAUCUCCGACUUCCUCCUCGUGGAAGCUAUUCUCGCGCACAAAGAGUGGACAGUCAAAGAAUGGCUGGCGACUUACACCGACAUGCCUAACAAACUCGCCAAGCAGAUCGUCAAGGACCGUUCCCUCUUCAAGACUGUGCCUGGUACUGCCGAGCAGAAACUUGCGGAGCCUGCAGGUCUGCAAGAGAAGAUUGAUGCUGAGGUGGCCAAAUACAAGAAUGGGCGAUGCUUCGUCCGCGCUUCCGGGACCGAAGAUGCUGUCCGAAUCUAUGGCGAGGCUAGUGAGGCGUAUGAUGUGGAUCACAUGGUCCAAUCUGUUGCCGGACUUGUCGUAUCGAAGAGCGAAGGACACUAAUUUUCCCCGUGCAACUCCGACGGAUGAUGUGAGACAUUUUUCUCUACAGAAAGGCUGUCGGCUGAAAAGAGGCUGCAGGAACUUUGAUGAUCUAGAAACAUGAGCGUUCUUUUUGGGAAAAGAGUAUAAGGCGUCUGCUGGGUAGAUGAUGUGAUGUGGCGAAUCGAGAAAAGCGGAAAAGUUUUUGUUGGAAUGAGAAAAGAGAUCUGAGAUGAUGAUACCAGUGAUGAAGAUCUGAUUGAUAGACAAAAUUUCCUUGGGAGUGGUACGAAAUGAAAUGGAUGAGAGCCCAGGUUGGACUCUCACGAUUUACCUUGCAGAGCCACGAAUUCGAAUUCUAUCAGUCCUGCG